UUCUCUUUCGCCAGGAAAAAACAAAAAACAAACAGAAAGAAUAUAUAUCAAGCAGGAUACAAGUGCGCAUGAAGAAUGUCAGGCAAAAGUAGAAGCAGCAGCAGAAGAGACUCAUUAGGGAUCGACGAGCUGCUUGAUGACGCCGAAAUUUGUGCGGCUGGUGCAACAACGUCUUCACGUGAAGUGUCCUCGAAAAACGCGUUUGACUUAUCGAACGGGCUGAUCGUUGAUGUUCAUGAAGAGAUAAGAAGUUCGAACAAGCCGAAGAAUAUCAGCAGUAAACGGCAGCAUGAAAGAAGAGACUCGACUGAUUCGGCGAUCAAACUAAUCUUGGAAGACAUUUCUGACUUCAACACCGACCAUUCAAAGUCCGUGACGAACGGAGAAGAUUAUGAUGACCCAGGAGACGUUUUGCAUCGAUGUAUUGACCCAAUCCUGGCUGGGUCAUUGACUUCUCGGGGAACUGCAGCAGCUGGGUUAAAACGAAGGCCUUGCGCCAAUCUCCGCUGCACAUCCUGUGACUUCCAAGUUACCCAGUUCCCGGGCUGGGAAUGGGACGGCACUGUGGAGUACAUCUUCCUGAGGACACACAUGCCCAGCUUGCAGCACCUGCGCUCCAAAAUGAGGCCGAGGAAGGGCUCGACUGCUUACGGUUGCCAAUGCUCCCACUUCUCUGCCACGGACUCUGUGACGGUUUCCGGCGCCGGUGGCGCCCUCAAGUGGACAUGCGCCAGGCAUCCCUGACGAACUGCAAAAAGAUUUGAGACAUGACCUCUCGAAGUUGAUGAUGUGCAAUCAGAACAGCGAAUGACCAGCAAUUGUUAUAUUCUUCGC